AUGGGAAUUUCUGGUAGAAGAACAACAGCCAUUGUUGUGGCAUGGUUGGCUCUCUUUGAAGGGUACCUUGUAAGUAAUGUGAAUGGCCAUUUUAAUUACAAAGAUGCUCUGACCAAAUCCCUCAUCUUCCUUGAGGCACAAAGAUCAGGGAAGUUUCCUCCAAAUAACAGAGUGCCAUGGAGAGGAGAUUCUGCUCUUAGUGAUGGAAAACUUGAAAAUGUGGACCUUGUAGGAGGGUAUUAUGAUGCAGGAGACAAUGUAAAGUACGGACUUCCAAUGGCUUUCACAAUCACUACUCUGGCAUGGGCUGCCAUUUUUUAUGAAUCGGAGCUAAGAGCCACCGGCGAGUUGCAGAAUACUCACGCAGCUAUCCGAUGGGGCACCGAUUAUUUCCUCAAAACAGCCUCUAGAAAAAACCGGUUGUACGUCCAGGUGGGUGAUCCAGUAAUAGAUCACGAAUGUUGGGCGAGACCGGAAAAUAUGGGGACGCCAAGAACAGUUUUGAAGAUUGACGAGAAUACUCCAGGGACGGAGAUUGCAGCUGAAACAUCUGCUGCAAUGGCCGCCGCUUCCAUCGUCUUUAGACAUAUUGAUCGUCCCUAUGCCCGUCGUCUCCGCAAUAAAGCCAAGCUGCUGUUUGCCUUUGCAAAGUCACACAAAGGAACUUAUGAUGGAGAGUGCCCCUUCUACUGUUCUUUCUCUGGCUAUAAUGAUGAGUUGAUGUGGGCAGCAACAUGGUUAUUGAUGGCAACCAAGAGGCCAGUUUACUUUGAUUACAUAAAAUAUGAAGCAAUUAGUGGUAAUGUUGCAGAGUUUAGCUGGGAUCUCAAGUAUGCUGGAGUCCAGAUCCUCCUCACCAAGUUGUUCUUUGAGAAAGAACAGAGUCUGGCAAUGUACAAAAACCAGGCUGACAGUUUUGUCUGCUCUGUUCUUCCCGAUAGCCCCUAUCACCAAGUUUAUAUCACUCCAGGGGGACUGAUUCAUUUAAGAGACGGAGCCAACACCCAGUAUGCAACCUCCACCGCUUUCCUCUUCAGCGUAUACAGCGAUAUUCUCGCCAAACACAACCAGAAGGUCAACUGUGGAGGCCAACAAUUCGACUCAACCCGGCUCAUGGCUUUCGCCAAGCAACAAAUAGAUUACAUUCUAGGAAACAACCCAAGAGGAAGAUCGUACAUGGUAGGGUUCGGCGUGAACCCACCACAACAGGCGCACCACAGGGGAGCGUCGGUGGGUUCGUUGGUUCAGGGGAUUAUGAACAUGAACAGCUGCCCCAUGAGCUUCGUCCAGUGGUUCAACAAAGACCAACCCAACCCCAACGAGCUCACCGGUGCCAUUCUCGGCGGACCUGAUCGCCAGGAUAACUUCAAGGAUCUCCGCUGGGAGUCCGUAUACACGGAGCCUUGCACCUAUGUCAACUCCAUCGCUGUCGGCGUCCUUGCUAAGCUUGCUGCAGCGGGUUAA